UCCAUUACAAAAAUUUUAACUGUUUUGGCCAAGGAAAAGAGGAACAACCAAAGGAGGAAGCGAAGCACAGAACAAAGAUGGCAAGCUUGAAACUCACAGCAAGGCUUUCCAGUUACUUUCCGGCCUCUGUCGGAAGUGGUUGGAGCCCAAGGGCUUUUGUCACUGCUACAAGACCCUUGCAGAAGUCAAAGUCUGAGAAAGAAGAGUGCGAGAAGGUGACCGAAGCAGCAGAGUCUGUAAAAGAAGGGGCUAAAGAAGUGAGGAAGACCUGCGAAUUCAUGAGAGACACUGCUAGCUCUGCUGCUGAGAGUGUGACUAAAAUGACAAAAGAAGUGAGUGAGAAAGUAUCAGAAACAACAGAAAACAUCACAGAUGCAGCAAAGGGAACUGUCCAAAAAAUCAAGGAAAAAGUCACUGGCAAGUGAUUGUGAUUCACCAACAUUAACAACCAUCUCUUCUCAAGAUUUACUUGUAUUAAUACCUUUUUUAUUUUUUAUUUUUGGCUUCUAUUAUUCAUAUUGUGAUGUCAUUCCCAUUAAUCUUAUUGACUUUUCUUAUUUUGACUAUUUUCCUUUUCCUUUUCUUUUCCAAUAAAGGAAAGAGAUAGGUUAUUAUAUUUUUUCUUGAAUUUUUGUAAAAUCUAUACAGAAUUAUGUAACAGAUUUGUAUUUAUUUAUUUCAAAUUAAAAGACAUG